AUGGAGAUCCUCGUCCAUGUCUCUGCCCCGACCAGCGCCGGAGAUGAUGCACGAUACCAUGCCCAGAUCGCCGCCAUUAUGUCCUCUUUCCAGCCAAUCUCCGCUGCUCCUGGUCCUGGUCCUGCAACUCCUGAUCUGACGACUAUCCCCGGUAUUGCAACUUCUAUUGCUUCUCCCUCCAACACGCAGUCUGCCGGGAUACCCGCUCAUCCCGGUUCCCCUGCAGCUGCAGAUCGCCGACCUCAAUCUCCCUCUUCCUUUUCCUCUUCCUCUUCCUCUCCCUCUCCCUCUCACCCUCCCUCCUCUCGCCCGGGCCAACUUCUUGGUUCUACCACUGGUCCAGCCCCCGAUCUUCAGCGGGUCUGCAGUCCUGCUCGCUUGGACGCGAUCGGGCCCGAGGCACUGGCCCUGGCGCCUCUAGUUCAUCUGCAAGAAGCAGAACCAGCGGCCUGCAAUCCCCUCCCCACCUCCAAUUGCAAUUCUCUAGAAAGCCUGGUCAGCGUCAUUCCAGACUCGCAACCAUCAGAGCAACCCCUAUUCCCCUCAAGGCCUGAAGAUGGUCCUCGUACCCCGGCUCCACACCCCCCGGAAGCGCAAGCUAAAGCUAGCCUGGUCGCACUAAAAUCCGACCUGCCCAGCCCCGAGCGAACCCCCAAACGCCGUCGUCUCGAGACCGAAACCGAAGCUGAGGCCGAGGCAGCCCCCAAAAUCACAACCACGGCUCACAACGCCUCGAUCACAUCGCUCCUCCACUCUCUCCCUAUCAAAAUCACUCCCCCACCGCCCCCGAUCUCCACCUCCCCCUUCAUCACUCACAUUACCCCAACCCUAUCCAUGCUCACUCAGCGGCUCAAGCCGGAAAGAAUAUACAAACCCCUCCAACAAACCAGAGAUCUCGAUAAACUAGAACGAGGCUACUGGUCUCUCCGAAUUCCCAUCCAAUUCACUACCCCUUCUACUACCCCCGCUAUUACCCCUUCUUCACACAACUCACUCCAACCCCCCUGGGACACACCCUCCUUCCACCGCUUCUGGUCCUUCCUAUCAGACUUCAUCGGAAAAGACGCCCGAGCUGGUUGGGGCGUCUGGUGUAUCGUCGAACGCGAAAUAGACCCCAUUGAUUCAGACACGAAAGAAACCUCCCAUUCACUACCCUCAACUGCAUCAACUGAUCUAGACAAUCUCUCCCCACCUCUUCGCCCUUCCCAUCCCGGUACACCUGCCAUCCCCGACUCUCUAUCCCUCUCACUGAAAAUGUAUGCAUGGGGCGAAGUCGCAAUGCAUAUCUAUCUCCUACUCUUCCUGGCGAGCGAGCGGAGGGUCAGAGGGAUGGGCGCUGAGUGGCGCGAUUCUGGAGAGGAGGUUGUUAUCAAGAUGCCAUGA